UAAUUCAAACUAGUAGUAGUUUUUCCUUUGGUUAGGACGGUGCUAACUAUUGUACAAUUAGCACUGUAGCCGUUCCCCUAAUCCACAUUUCUUUAAUAAUAAUUUCCCACAUAAACCUCCCAAAUCCCUCUGAUAUUAUUUGGGCAGCAAUGGUAUUUUUUUAAAAACAAUUAAUAAAAAUAAUAGAGAUAGGGUAAAGGUAGAGUAGUACCCACCCUCCACUCUCCUACCUGUCUCACCAACUCGCAUCUAGAAGCUUUUUAUUUUUCUUCCUCUUAUUUGAUUUCUCCCUCUUUCUCUUAAAAAAAAAAGGAGUCAAAAGCCUAUAAAUCCACAUUUCAUCAAAGUCCUUUCAAGGGCCGGCUUCUUCUUCUUCCUUCUGCUUCUGCUUCUCCUUCUACUUCUGCUUCUGCUUAAAGUUAAGCUGGAUUAAACUUAAUUAAAAGCCGUCACAAAAUCGAAGCUCAAAAAGGAACUAGUUUGCCGGGAAAGGGAAAACGAAUAUGGGGAGAUCGCCGUGCUGCGAGAAAGCGCACACCAACAAAGGCGCCUGGACCAAAGAGGAAGACGACCGCCUCGUCGCCUACAUCAAAGCCCACGGCGAAGGCUGCUGGCGUUCUCUACCCAAAGCCGCCGGGCUCCUCCGCUGCGGCAAGAGCUGCCGCCUCCGCUGGAUCAACUACCUCCGCCCCGACCUCAAGCGCGGCAACUUCUCCGACGACGAGGACGAGCUCAUCAUUAAGCUCCACUCCCUCCUCGGCAACAAAUGGUCGCUGAUUGCGGGAAGAUUGCCAGGAAGAACGGAUAACGAGAUUAAGAACUACUGGAACACUCACAUCCGGCGGAAGCUGCUCAAUCGCGGCAUAGAUCCGGCGACUCACCGCCCGCUCUCCGAAUCCGCACAAGCCGGGAGCGGAGGAACUCCGCCCUCCGCUGCCGCCUCCGCCGCCGUCGCGACGACUGCCACCACUUCGUCGACGACGACGAUUUCGUUUGCCGCGGCCGCGUGCAGUAGGGAUCAGGAAGACAGUAAAACCGACGUCAAGAGCCUGGCCACGCCGCCGCCGACGGUGGCGGUGGUGAAGAAGGAAGUGGAGAAGUGUCCAGAUUUGAAUCUGGAGCUGAGAAUAAGCCCGCCGUACCAAGAACAGUUCUACCGGGAAACGACGCCGUCUGGUAAGGAGGAGCUGUGCUUCGAAUGUAGGCUGGGGUUGGAGAGUAGCAGGGAUUGCAGUUGCAGAGGGAGAAGACCGUUGAUGGUGAGUAUCAGUAGUGGGCCGAAGGAGUCAGCUGCUGGGUUCGAUUUCUUGGGCUUGAAAAGUGGGGUUUUGGACUACAGAAGCUUGGAGAUGAAAUAGUGGUGUGGUUUAGAAUUCAUUAAUUACCCUCCUCUCCUCUCCUCCCAAGGUAAAAAAAAAAAAAUUACUUGCUAGCUGAGUGCCUGAGUCUGCUUCUGUAUCUCUUGGGUGAUAUUAUGGUGGUAAUGAUGCUAAAGAUUAGAUUAACCUACUUGAUUAAGUAGUAUGGCAAUUUGUAUGAUGGUAAUAUCAUAUGUUGUAUGUACUUAUUACAUAUAUACUCAUGGAUACAGAUUUUGUUUGCCAAUUGUUUAAUUUUUUGUAUCUUUUUUAGGUUAAAUGUCAAAUUUGUCUAUGGCUUCUUAUUUGUUUCUCCUGGAAAGUGGGGGGAAUUGUCUGCAGCCAGACCAUUCAAAGUUUUGUCUUUUUUUACUUGGUUGGUUGCUGGGCCUAAUGCCUUCUGCAAAGUGUACUUAGGAUCGGCUAAUCACUUAAUUAAUCUUCGACAACUACCAUGGUCUAGGCCAGGCACCUAACUUCUUGGGGUUCGCGAAAAGGAUUCUUUCCACUCUGAGUUACGAACUAGAUAAAUGGAUGAAUCGUAA